UCCCAUUUUGCCCCCGCGUUCACUCACUCAUUGCUCACUCGCUCUGCUGAUUCCCCUCCCUCUCACCGCACUCUCUCCCCAAAUCCCUAGCUCCCUCUCGCCGGCGCCGCUCCCUAGCUCGCCCGCGUCGGCGUCGCCCCUUCUCCCUUUCGCCUGCGCCGCCUUCUCCCUCUCGUCGGCGUCUCCUGCGCCACCUUCUCCCGCUCGAGGCAAAGUUGCCUUUUUUACCAAGGUCGAGGAAGAGCGGGAGGACAGCCUUGUCCUGCUCAACGACGGUGACGGUUUCUUUCUGCUCGACGACGCCGGCGACGAACGCCGGCGCUCCUUGUCGCCCUCGACCUGCAAGGAGGAGCGCCUACCCCAUGUUGGGCCGGAGAUCUGCUGGAGAAAGGAGUGCGUGAAGAAGCCCCUACAGCGGCAGAAGCAGGGGCGGGGGAGCGAGUCGGACGCCGGGGUCGUCCACGGCGUCGUCGAAGCAGAGCAGCGGUGGGUCCUCGUUCAGGCUGCGGCAGGUCCUCCAUGCGCGCAGCCAUCUUCCUCUGCUGCGUCGACAGUGGAUUGUGGCGAAGUCUGUGUGUGCAGGUGGAGUACUUGCUUGAGGUCCAGGUUCAUCCUCUUCUGGUGGAGAACAAUUCAGGGGCGAGGCGAGGAGAACCUGCCUGGAGACAACGUGCUGCGUGCGGCAGCGACGAGCCAGGUGGGUUGGGCGCGGCCAGGACCAAGCUGAGGGGCUGGCGACGAGGCUGUGCCGGCUGCGACCAAGCUGGCGGCGGCGGCGACCAAACUGGGCACCUGGGCGCGGCGGGGACCAAACUGGACGAAGGGGUUGAGCGCCUGGAGACGGGGCCGAGCGCCUGGAUAAUGGGGACGACUCGAGCUCGUGGCGGAAGACGAGGAGGCGAGCUCCUAGAGGAAGGGGACGGUGCGAGCUCCUGGAGGAGGGCGGCGGCUCGAGCUUUUGGAGGAAGACGAAGACACAGGCUCUUAGAGGAUGGGGACGGCGCGAGCUCCUGGAGGAUGGGGACGGCGUGAGAUCCUUGGGGAUGGGGUCGGCGUGAGCUCCUGGAGGAUGGGGAUGGCGCGAGCUCCCGGAGGAGGAAGACGACGCAAAAUUCAAAUUGGGGGUAAAAUAGUCUAAUUUGCCAUCUGUCGGCUCUGUCCUAAAAUCCUAAACGCUCUUAUAAAAGUUUACAGAGGGAGUACAAAGCAACCACCGGUACAUCCAACGAUAGGUGCUGGGGCCGCAGCACAAACAAGCCCAAAGAAAAACAAAGAAGAAAGAAAGAGAAAUAAAUGCCAACAACGGCAAAUCAACGAAACGAAGAUGACCGGCGACCGCUGCACCCUCCGGAGAAGUACCACCACGAUCCCAGCACUCUGAAGCGCCUCGUACCAAGUAACACCUUCAAGAAGGAGACGACAACGACGCCGAUG